CUUGCUUGCUGGAUCAGAAGUCAGGCUACCAACAAACUGAGCUGUGAGGGCAGAGAAACCAAACUCACAGGACAGAUCUAAGGGGAAGGCUUUUGCCCAGUUUCCUAUGCUCCAGCAUGGCAGAUGAUGACCAUGCUUCUGGAAAGGGACCUUGUGCAUUCUCAUUCAAGAAAGGAAAGCAGAAAUUCAGAGCCAGAAAGAGGCAGGCAUCAGAUGAGCACAGCAGUGAUGACGAUACAAAGGUUUUGAAAAUUGAGAAGAAGACUGCUAGAAAUCCGAUGUUUCAGACGUCCAAAACUGCGAAGGCCGCCGGGACACCGAGGGGUGAGGUGGACAAUGCCUCUUCAAGUGAUGAGGACAAGGUGGGAGUAUCCUAUAGGUCGAAGCGGACGGCGGCGCGCGAGGGCCCGCAUGACAUGGGCGCCACGGCCACGGUCGAGAUCGACACGGAGCGCGACCGCGACGACCAGGCCAUCUUCGAGCGCGCCAUGGCCGUCAACAAGGAACUGGAGGGCAAGGCGGACGACAAGGUGUACCGGGGCCAGGCGAACUACGCCCAGUACAUCUCCAAGCGCGACACGCCGCAGGGCAACGCGAGCAGCGGCGGCGUGCGGCACGGCCCCAUCCGCGCGCCCUCCAACAUCCGAUCCACCGUCCGCUGGGACUACGCGCCCGACAUCUGCAAGGACUUCAAGGAGACGGGCUUCUGCGGCUUCGGAGACUCCUGCAUCUUCAUGCACGACCGCACCGACUACAAGUUUGGCUGGCAGCUGGAGCGGGAGAUGGACAACAACACGUACGGCGCCAGCAACGACGAGAACUACGAGAUCAGCGACGAUGAGGACAACCUGCCGUUUCGCUGCUUCAUAUGUCGCGAGUCUUUCAAAGAGCCGGUCGUCACGAAGUGUAAACACUACUUCUGCGAAGGCUGUGCGUUGAAGGAGUACAAGAAAUCAAAGCGCUGCUUCGUCUGUGGUGUGCAAACUCACGGAGUAUUCAAUGUCGCCAAAGAGCUCAUCGACAAACUCAAGGGGUCUGAGUCUAAACAGAACGUGAGCAGUGACGGUGAUGGAGAGGAUGUGUGACGAUUGAACAGCGGAUGGCGACGUGACUGAUGGGGGUUAUGAAUUGUGAUGAAUGUCAUUGAACGAGGUUUAAGGCUUGUCGCGCAUCCUGUACUGAUGUUAGAUGUUGUCACAGAGGCCUGGUGUCGGGGUCAUUUACCAUCAGACAUCAGUGCUGCACGGUUUGUUUGUCUUUUCAUGAAGGUUAGACAUGCGGUCUGUCUAUGAAGAAUGUCUGUGUUUCCUCGUUCUUUCGAGGAGUUGGGUCGUGUAUGUUCCUACUGUCUUACGCCUGCUGUACAUCAUACCGGGGUAGAAUGUACACAUGUAUGACAAAUGUUGAAUGUGAAUGGCCACAUCAUGCGUAACUGGGCUGAUGCAAGCAUGUGGGUUUACAAAAACUCGCAUGGUGUACAAACGCAUUUUCGUCGUCCGACUUGCACUGGAAGGAAAACAUCCGCCAAAAACAGAUCCGGUUCGUUUUCUGCUCGUGUACUAGACGCAUGUGAAAGGGAAAAGAAUGCCCGCCAAUGA